AUGACCUACUACGUACCGCCGCCCACACACGAUGACGAGACAACAGAAAUGAAUGGACCGCGAUGUUUGGCUAGGUAUCGGGAUCGCGGCCGAAAGAAAUCCGUGGUGCUGUGCAAGACGCAGAGGGUCGUGGUGCACGCCAAACAAAACGGGUGCUUUCGGUUCUCGGUGACAUCGGAGGCAGCCGCGACAGAUCGUGCGUGCAAUAUCCCAAGGACGACUACGUCUCACUCCACCGGCGUUCUUCAGAUGAGCAGUCAGCGCUCUCCGCAAGGAUAUCGAUAUCCUCGCGGCGCACGCGAGGCUCCUAUCACGGAAAGGCGGACACAGGAGGGUUUUAGUCUGACUGGGUUGAUGUAGUAGUAGCUUUCAUUUUCAUUUUCAAAUGGUGGGGGUCUGGACGUACUCGCAGCAAUUUUGAUUGCAGUAUUUUCAUUACGCAAGCAACGUACCUACCGUCCUUGCAGAGAUGAUAGCUGAUAAUGAUAUGAGUGCUAGAAUAAGUACUGGGAACAAGUCUGCUUUUUAACGCAGUACUGUUUUACGUCUACCGACGUCGUCGCGGUCGCUCAAAAACGUGUUUUUUUAUUCAGACUAAAUCUGCAACAUGGUCGUGCAACUUCAACUUGAUAGCGAAUAACAUCUUGCGACAGAAUUGUUUGACGCGAAACUACAAGUGAUUGACAUUGAUAGUGAUCUGCAGGUCGGGUAAUUACGUGAUCCAAUAGGGAUGCAAAGCCAAAG